AGAAUAAAAAACUUUAAAACAAAUAUGGCGAAUUGUUUUCUGCUGUAAAUAAUCUGAGGUUACGUGCAAAGUAGCAGGUACAUAUGUGCAUUUUGGCGAUUUCUGAAAAGUGUUUUUUUAAAAAUUGUGGGUGCCUUAAUUAAUAUACACAAGGCGAAACAAUCAAAAUGGAUAAUCCGCCUAUUGGUUUACCCAGCGAGGGGACUCUACCGCAUCAGCCUGUACAUCAGCCUAUGCAAUCGCCUUACAGGUUUACACAAGAAGAGCUACGAGUGAUAAGGCAGUGUAAUGCAGAGAGCUUUUACCAACGAUGCCUGCCUCUUGGAACAGCUCUUGGAAUAGGAGCAUAUCUAGGUGUUCAAGCAGGUUACUUGAAACCUAGCGCCCGAUGGGGGGCCACCCCGAAAGUGAUGCUGGGGGUUGUCGUGGGGUAUUUUCUGGGGAAAUUUUCCUACCAGUCCAAGUGCGCAGAGAAGAUCAUGCAUCUGCCAAAUAGCCCGCUGGGAGAGAUGCUACGCAGAAACAAGUACGGCGGCUCCAAAGAAAUCUUGUCGAUAGACCCCAGCUUUGGUGUUUCCCUUGCGCCGUUCGGGAACAUAGAAACAUAUUCCGAUAUCGGUCCGCAACACGACAUCGAUGUUGAUCGACCGUACCAGCAGGGGCUGGAUGAUUCCGGCCGCCCUUCUUUGGACUCAAGUAUGCUUGAAGAUGAUGAUCUCUCCGCUAGUGCCCAGAAUCACUCGACUACCUACGAUGAAUUGCGGCGUAAAAACAGAGAAGAGUACGAACAAAAGAAACCAAAACCUUACAGGGGGGAGGAAGGCCAGCCCAUCUUCAGACCGCGGCCGACCCCACCGCCGGCCGACGCGGGGCCCCCUUCCCCCUUCCCGCAGCCGCACGAGCGGCUCAACAAGUACGGCGACGUGUGGGAGAAGUGAGCGAGCGCGUCCCGUCCGUAGUGCUUGCGUAGACGAGGUGUCUCGUACGUGUGGUUUGUUUCACUAAAGCUUCUUCGCGCCACCAGCCACUGCAUCAUUGUUCCUGUUUAACUUGGUCGUACUCACUUAAAUAUUAUUAUUAUUAUUAUUUUAUUUUUUUAAAGGAUUUGAUAAUACACUGUCAAUGUGAAGUGGCAUCGGUUAACAGUAUCUUGUCUGCGAUGCUUUCUUCAGGCUCUCAUUAUGAUGUUCUUAAAGUUUAGUUUUUCAGUGAGAUGAAUCGGUAAGAAAAAGAGCCCAAUUAAUUUCAAAAUGUUUUUUUUUUUUUUUUUGUCUUUUAAAAAAAAAUUUUGUGUUAAGUUUCAAAGUGUUUCUUGAUAAUGAGGGUUUUUUUUUUUGUAAAUGUUAAUGGUAAAUUAAAAGAAAAAUUUAAUUGAAGUAUUUUCUUGUAUUAUGUCUUUAUCCUGGUCCUUCCUAAUAGUGAAGCUGUCGAGUGGAAUUAUGCAUAUAUUGCACUCCGUCCUUUUGAAAACUGUGAUCAUGUGUUCACAACUGUUAGUCACAUAAAGCAGCUGUCUUAAAAAUAAUAUCUUGAACAACAAAGAUGAAUACAUAAACAUUUGUAGAACAAGCCAAAAUUAGUCGAAGCCAAAUUUUUCAUUUAGUCAAAACAUAGAAUUCCAUGGAAGGAAUUUAUUCAUAAAAAUAACAGCACAGAUGAAUACAAUAGGAUAACAAACAUGAGACUUUUGGAAUGAGAAAAAUUAAUACAGAAAAACAAAUGCCAAAUUCAUGACAACACAGUGACGAACAGACAAAUCCAGUGAUUAAACUAGAAAUCUGGAUGACAUGAUGAUGACAGCAUGGACAGUGGCGUAGCUAAGGUGACUGGCGCCCCUGGCCAUACGUGAAAAUGGCACCCCCUCUUGGAUUAAAAAAAAAAGGGGGGGGGAGAGGGUUCAGUAAUCGUGAAACCGUCGCGGCAGCGCCCCUCCCCCCCCCCCUGCUCCGGCGCCCCUGGCGGGGGCCAUCCCUGCCACCCGCUUGCUACGUCACUGAGCAUGGAUAAAACAGUAGGUUUUAGACUGUUAGCCUGUGAAACUAAAUAAGAUACUUACAUAAGUAUGUCAUAUAUGCUGAGAAUCUGAAGGUAUAGCAAUGUAAAUUCAUUUGAGAAAACAGGUCUCUGUCCUGUGAGUACACAAAUAUUCACUAACAAAUAUUUCAAUUCAAGCAAAAUUAACACCAAUAGUUUCUCUGAAGGUCCUCAGUCUGAGCCAUCAUCAUCAUCAUCAUCAUCAUCAUCAUCAUCAUCAUCCACUUAAACUAUAGCAGGACCCAACAACAGACAAAAUUUAGUUGUUACUCCUGAACAAGUACGACCUUAACCUACAGCUCCGCAAUCACCGACGAAAAACACAAGAUGAAAUACAUACUGGAAAGUCAAGAGUAUAUACACAUACGCCAGAAAAAAAAACUGAAUGGAAGAAUUGGAGAGUAGAAGAAAGGCUAACAAGGGGGGAAAAAACAGAAGCACCAUGUUAUUUCCAAGUACUACUGUUCCCUAAACCCAAAGUGACAAAAAAAUAUCUACCCUGUUCUAUAUAAAUAUAUCACUCUGACUCAAGUGAAGACAUGAGUGAUGGAAUGAAGCCAAGUUGGGAUGAAAGUGAUGGUGUGGACAAUGGUAACUUGCUUUUCGUGAAAUUUGCCACAAACAAAAAGUGUAUUUAUUCAUUAUGUAAGCCUAGUAACCAAAAAUGUUCAGUCUUCUGAGUUCAUCAUGGUUAAGUUAUUGUGCAGAAAGGGUUCAACCAGUAACUUCAGUUGGCCACAGAUUCAAGAUGAAAGAGAAGUGGACAUUUGUGAUGUCACCAAACUAUCGAAACCAAUAACAAAAGGAACAGCAUGUACUUCUGAUGUUUUCAAGUUUCCUUUUAAAAUUUGAGCCAUUAUAUGUUUUUUGAAUAUUAUAUGUAUAUACGUACAUUUUAACUUGCAAUAAAUAUUUUAAUGUUUUCUUUGUUUUGUAACUGUCAAUUUAUUUUAAGUAAACGGUAAUAUAAAAGUGUAGAAAGAAAUUAACAUGAUUAAAGUGCCAAAUGAACCCCAUGCUUAUGACGAAUCAGCCCCACUGGUGGAGUAGAUGCAGCAAUGUGAAGUAAUGUUACACAAUUAAAAAUAA